GGCUCCUGCAUUUUUCGACUUGAAAUGUGGCUCACGAUCGCCGAUUGCUUUUUGAGGUUAGCUCACGACUGUGGCGGCUUCUGUGUGCUGUGAUAUUGUCCCGCGAAACCAUUCUAACCGGGACUAUGGCAUGCUGGAAGGCAGUACUUUGAAUCGUUAGUUGCUGUUCAAAAUCGUUGGAACUGAAGUCACUCGGCAGGAUGAACAAGAGAUCGGAUUUUCGGAAGACAGGUUCGGAGGAAAGCGGAGGAAAGUAUGACGCGAACGACAUUCAGGAAAAGAUGAAGAAGGUAGGCGUGAAGUCCUUAUCACCAGCUAGUGGAGUAACUCGGGUGAAGCAGCUUCAGGAAUCGAACAAGGUUCUGAGCCAGCUGGGAUCGUCUUCCGGUUCAGCCACCGGCAAUCCUCGAAAUAAAACAGCCCUAACGCCCGGCCAUAGUCUGAUGGACUGGAUCCGAUUAACUAAUUCUGGCGUCGAUUUAACCGGCGUUGGUGGCGUCCCGCGAGUCAUAUCUCUGUCCGAGCUGGCCAACCAUAACAAGCAGAACGACGCUUGGAUCGCAAUUCGAGGAAUCGUCUUCAACGUGACACAUUACAUGGACUUCCACCCAGGAGGGAUCAGCGAGUUGAUGAGGGGCGUUGGCAAGGACGCAACAAAACUGUUUGAAAACGUUCACGCUUGGGUAAAUUAUCAGAGCAUCCUUCAGAAAUGCGUGGUAGGAAAGUUGAGCCGUGGUUCUAUCAGCGGUCCUACCUUGCCAUCAACAGAAAUCACUUCCUCGAGCUCCACGGAUUGUACCAACGCUACUUUGGGCCUGAUUAAAAGUUGUACGACGCGCAGUAUUAGUCCAGAAAACGUAAACGAAUGUAGCCCAUCGAAUGUGAAGAUGGACUGGAGGCAAACGUCUAAUUCGAUUACAUUGUUCUACCAAACGAUACGAGAUUAUCCAAGCGUUUAUUACCAACUGAGAAGGAUAAGCGACUCGAAGCUGGUCUUCAAGUUGUUCUUCGAGAAGGAUGUGAUCACGCACGAGCUCGAAUUGACGGCGGGCAUUGAAUGGCCGCCGGUUUGCAAAAGAAAUUUUGAUACCAUGGAGGUCGACUUCACGUUCACUAAGAAGAUAAAAGAGAUAUGGAAAACACAGGGUAGCCACACAAUAUCGCGGGAGCCAAAUACUAGUAGUCGAUCCUACAAAGAAUACGAGGUACUCACGAAUACACCGCUCUCUAAAUUAGUUCAUUUCUUGGUCCUACGAGCGAAGAAUUCCUUGGAACUGGUACCCAUUGGAAGACACGUAGAAAUCAAAAUGAACGUUAUGGGAAUGGAUGUAUCACGAUCGUAUACGCCUGUCCCCUCGUGCCUUCACCCCGGCGAUAUGCCGCCGAAUUAUAAGUCCGACUGUAUAUGUUUGAUGAUCAAGAAGUACGAAAAUGGCGCUCUGAGUCCGUCCAUAACCAACCUACAGGCAGGCCAGACCCUUAUGUUGAGCAACGCUUUAGGUGCCUUUGUAGUUGAAUCCUUUGAUCGUUAUUCUGUCAUUCAUAUUUUGGCUGGUGGCACGGGUUUGACCGUGAUGCUUGGGAUCAUUCAGCGGGCCCUGGCCAGGCGUACCGUGAAAACUAUAAACCUCCUCAAUUUCAACAAAGACAGUGACAACAUGUUCUACGUGGCGCAGCUGGAAAAAGUUGGCAUGGAUAAGAAAUUGAAGGUCACGCAUAUCCUUUCGCAAGCAGAAACUACAUGGAUGGGCAGACGUGGCACAGUGUCCUAUGAUUUAAUGAAAGAGCUGAUUGGAGAACAUAGUCCUGAAGCGUGUAUCUUUACCUGUGGUCCUCAAGGAUUCCUCCAGGCUACAAAAAAAUUUAUUCAGAAACUCGGCUGGAAACCCUAUCAAACGUACGAUUUUGACAACUAGCCAUCUUCAGCGAAAGUAUAUUCUCCCUUUUGAUACCAAAAACUCUAGUAGUCGAGCUUUUAUUCGAAAAAUUAUUUACGCGUACUUCUAGGUUCUUACAAGAUAGAGCCAUUUUGGGUAUUUUUACUCCUAUUUCCGCCCACACUGUCGAUAAUUCGUGUGGUUCGAUUGAAAACGAUUCAUCAGUAGUGCCAGUGAAGGCACUAAUUGAUAAGAAGCAUAAACAUAUUGUCGUUCUAGUUCUUAAGUGUUUUAUUACAGCUACUUUGAUCACCUCGAAUAAUGAU